CAUCCUACAGUAGCAGUAGCUUAUUUCCUCCUCCCAAAACCCUAAAACCUAAAAAAUCAGCAUCAUCACUUCACAACUCCAAUCAUGGCCAAAAUCAGCAGCAUCCACGAGCAAUCACACAAGCCUCACCGCCUACGGCAAGCCGGCCCAUCAAAGCAAACAAAGAAGAAGAAACAACAAGGAGGCGGAGAAGAAGAAAAGAAGCGAAACCCUAAGGCGUUUGGGUUUAAUUCAUCGGUGAAAGCGAAGAAAUUGCAGUCAAGAACUGUAGAGAAAGAGCAGAGGAAGCUUCAUGUGCCUACUAUUGAGAGGAAUUAUGGUGAACCUCCUCCUUUUGUUGUUGUUGUGCACGGUCCACCUCAGGUUGGGAAGUCUCUGUUGAUUAAAUGUCUUGUGAAGCAUUAUACAAAACAUAAUAUCCAAGAGGUUCGAGGACCCAUUACUAUUGUAUCAGGUAAGAAAAGGCGGGUUCAGUUUGUGGAGUGCCCAAAUGACAUCAAUGGCAUGAUUGAUGCUGCAAAGUUCGCUGAUCUGGCUUUGCUUCUGAUAGAUGGAAGUUAUGGUUUUGAAAUGGAGACUUUUGAAUUUCUUAAUAUUUUGCAAGUUCAUGGAUUUCCAAAGAUUAUGGGAGUCCUUACUCAUCUUGAUCAGUUCAAGGAUGUGAAGAAACUUAAAAAAACAAAACAGCGACUCAAGCACCGUUUCUGGACUGAAAUAUAUGAUGGGGCAAAGUUGUUCUAUUUGUCUGGUCUUAUUCAUGGCAAGUAUGUUAAACGAGAGAUUCACAACCUUGCAAGAUUUAUUUCUGUUAUGAAGUUCCAUCCAUUGUCUUGGCGAACUUCUCAUCCCUAUGUUUUGGCGGAUCGUUUUGAAGAUGUUACUCCUCCUGAAAGAGUGCGUGUGGACAAUAAAUGUGAUAGAAAUAUCACACUUUAUGGUUAUCUACGUGGUUGUAAUUUGAAGAGAGGCACCAAGGUGCAUAUUGCUGGUGUUGGAGAUUACAAUUUGGCUGGUGUUACAGCCUUGGCUGAUCCUUGUCCUCUACCAUCAGCUGCCAAAAAGAAAGGAUUGCGUGACAAGGAGAAAUUAUUUUAUGCACCCAUGUCUGGCCUCGGGGAUCUGGUAUAUGACAAGGAUGCUGUCUACAUAAACAUAAAUGACCACUUUGUCCAGUAUUCAAAUGUCGAUAAUAAAAAUGACAGAAUGACACACAAAGGGAAGGACCAAGAUGUAGGCGAGUCUUUGGUGAAGUCACUGCAGAAUACAAAAUAUUCUAUUGAUGAGAAGUUAGAAAAGAGCUUCAUUAGCCUUUUCAGUCGGAAUAAUAUCUCAUCUGAAGCUAAGAAUGAUGCAAAAGAUAAUCACAGAUCUGUCGAUCGUUCAUACAAUCUAGAACCUAAUGAGUUAGGUGAGGAAAGUGAUGCUGAGGAUCUUGAUGGUUCUGAGUCUACAGACGAAGAUGAAGCUGCUCAAAAAGAUGCUGUGGUAAAUGGAGAAAGUGAUGGCUCUGAUGAAGAGUAUGGUGCUGCAGCCAAGCAGAAAGCUGAUCCUCAAGAUCGCAUGAAAGAACAAGUUGAGUUUCAUGGUGGAAGGCUAAGGAGAAAAGCAAUCUUUGGAAACAACAUAGAUGAUAAGGAUCUCAAGGAUUCUGAUGAAGGGAGUGAAAGUGAUGACGAUGUAGGUGAUCAAUCAUUGUCUGAUUCAGAGUUUUCAGAGGAAGACAGAGACGAAGAGGACAUGGGAAAUAUAUCAAAGUGGAAAGAGUCACUGGUGGAUAGGACUAUUUCAAAACAGAAUAACAAUCUCAUGCAACGUGUGUAUGGGAAAUCAGCAUCCACUCCCAUUAAUGAAAAGCAGGAUGGCAGUGAGGAUGAGGAAAGUGACGAUGAAUUUUUUAAGCUAAAAGGAGAAGGAAAUAAGAAAUUGAGAGAAGGAUUUGAUGUUGAAAAUGUUGAUGCUGAUGAAUGCUCGAAAUUUACAAACUAUUCAGAUCUAAAAAACUGGAAAGAUGAAGAGAUAUAUGAAAGUAUUCGUGAUCGUUUUGUCACUGGUGAUUGGUCAAAAGCUGCCCAAAGGAAUAAGCUCCCCACAGCUAAUGAUGAGGAUGAUGAGGAUUCUGUUUAUGGAGAUUUUGAGGAUUUGGAAACUGGUGAAAAGCAUGGGAACCAUCAGAAAGAAGAAUCUGGCAAUGUUUCAAUGCAGAAGGAAGAUGAAUUAGAAGAGCAGCGGAAGCUGAAAAAGCUUGCUCUCCGUGCAAGAUUUGAUGCUCAGUUUAAUGGGAACGAAUCACCAGAUGAAGAAGUUGAUGAGAAACAUGGAGCCAAGUUUCACCGAGGUCAAGCCAAUGAAAGUGGCUAUAUUGAUAAGUUGAAGGAGGAGAUUGAGAUCCGCAAACAAAGGAAUAUAGCUGAACUCAAUGAUCUUGAUGAGGAAACUCGUUUAGAAAUAGAGGGUUUCCAAACAGGGACUUACCUAAGAUUGGAGCUUCAUGAUGUUCCUUACGAGAUGGUUGAGCAUUUUGACCCCUGCGAUCCUAUUCUGGUUGGAGGAAUUGGACUUGGUGAGGAACAUGUUGGAUAUAUGCAGGCCAGGUUAAAACGACAUAGGUGGCAUCGGAAGGUCCUGAAGACUAAAGACCCUGUAAUUUUUUCUAUUGGUUGGAGGCGUUACCAAACUACCCCAGUUUAUGCCAUCGAAGAUCGCAAUGGAAGGCAUCGCAUGCUCAAGUACACUCCAGAGCACAUGCAUUGUCUAGCCACAUUCUGGGGCCCACUUGCACCUCCCAACACUGGAGUGGUUGCUGUUCAGAAUUUAGCAAACAAUCAGGCAUCAUUCCGAAUCACAGCAACUGCAGUUGUGCUUGAGUUCAACCAUGCAGCAAAGAUGGUGAAGAAAGUCAAGCUGGUUGGUCAUCCAUGUAAAAUUUUCAAGAAGACUGCACUUAUUAUGAAUAUGUUUACUUCAGAUCUUGAAGUAGCUAGGUUUGAAGGUGCUGCUGUUCGAACUGUCAGUGGGAUCCGAGGGCAGGUGAAAAAGGCUGCAAAAGAUGAGAUUGGUAACCAACCCACAAAGAAGGGAGGGGCACCAAGAGAAGGGAUUGCCCGGUGCACCUUUGAGGACAGAAUUUUGAUGAGUGACAUUGUUUUCCUGCGGGCAUGGACUCAAGUUGAAGCUCCUUGCUUUUAUAACCCGCUGACUACUGCCUUGCAACCUCGUAAUAAGACCUGGCAAGGGAUGAAAACUGUGGCUGAAUUGAGGAGGGAACACAAUCUUCCCAUUCCUGUCAAUAAGGAUUCACUCUACAAGCCAAUUGAAAGGACGCCAAAGAAGUUCAACCCAUUGGUAAUUCCCAAGUCAUUACAAGCAACUCUUCCAUUCGAAUCCAAACCCAAGGACAUACCCAAGGGACGGGCCACACUUGAAAGGAGAAGAGCUGUCGUUAUGGAGCCCAAUGAACGUAAAGUUCAUGCUCUUGUUCAACAACUUCGAUUGAUUACAAAUGAUAAGAUGAGGAAGCGAAAGCUUAAGAAAGACCAGGAAAGAAACAAACUUGAAGCAGAGAAAGCCAAGGAUGAGGAACUGUCUAGAAAGCGCAAGAGGGAAGAAAGAAGGGAAAGGUACCGGGUGCAAGAAAAAUUGAAGAAGAAAGCUAGGAGAAAUUCAGAUGCUUGAGGUUCUUGAACAACGUUGUUUCGAUUUCCAUGGUCUUUCUAUCCCCUGGGCACUGAAAAUCAGGUGCACAGAUUAGAUCUCAGAGUGAGCAACUGAGUUCACUGCUGCAAGCUCUCAAUGUACCUUAUCUAGUGAUUGCUCAAGCCCCAUCAACCUGAAUCAGUUUUUUCUGACCUAUAAACUACUUCCAACAUUUGUAGCAAAAGGCACCAGCAGCUUUGUCCUGGCCAAUGCUGCAACAAGUUGCUGUUAUGUGCGUUUUGAGUGUUGUAUUGAUGGUAUUUGAUAUUUAUGUGGGAUUUGAAUACAUGAGGAAGGUUGAAACAA